AUGGAAGAUGUAGUUUCAGCUGCGUAUGUCACUUCAGGAGAACAAGUACGAUUAGCUGCAUCUGGUCAAGGUCAAGUUCCUGGUGGUCCUGUUGGAUCGAGCCCCGUCGAAAAAAGCAAACGUAUUACUACUCCAUACCUUACAAAGUAUGAAAGAGCCAGAGUUUUAGGGGCCAGGGCUUUGCAAUUAUCUAUGUCUGCUCCUGUUAUGGUUGAAUUGGAUGGAGAAACAGAUCCACUUAAAAUUGCAGAGAAAGAACUUCGUGCUAACAAGAUCCCCAUCAUUAUCAGACGUUAUUUGCCAGACGGAAGUUUUGAGGAUUGGAGUUUGGAUGAACUUAUAUUAACCGAGUGA